AUGCAGGGAAAGCGUCUUGCAUGCAGUGAAGGGGCGGAUUCACCUCUUUCCUCUUCGAAAUUGACGGCGUUGCGUCACACGCGUCUUUUGCCGCGCAGCAUUCCUUCCUCCUUCGCCCUGCGGAGUCAGUUGAUUGGCGCAGAGUUUUGUGCUUCACUCUCCGCUGCAAUGCUGCAAGUGGCGCCAAACGCUCAUAGUGGGGCCUCGCCACGUGGCGUGCAGUCUUCCACAACGGCAACGGAGGCCACGUCACUCGUGACAGCCCUCCUGUAUGACCUGUCGGCCCACUAUGGGUCUCACACGCUGCGCAGAGCGGCAAGUUAUCCGUUGGGGCCGUGCUACAGAAGCCGCCGGCGGCGAGUGUCGAGGGGUCAACAUGAUGGACGCCGGCAGCUGUGGUCGUUGCGUGCAGCCCACCGUAUGUGGUGUCGCCGCUGCGGGGUGUAUCUUGUGGCAGGGGAGACGAAGGCACUGCUGUCCCAGGUGACGCCCAGCUCGUUUCAAGCCCUUGAAGACACUGAUGGUGUGACUGCUUUUGACGUGGAGGGGGUUAGGAAAAAUAGCAGAUUUACCAGAGGAACCUAUGUGUGCCGCCGCUGCCUGGACAAUGAGUGGUCAGUAUGGAGGAAGAAGGGUUGUAUGGCCACUCCACCGCUACAAUCAACACCUCUUGCUUCUCUUCCAGUUUCAGAAGCGACAAACGAACAGUCGCCGUCAACAGCGCUGUCUCAUGCCUUAGACACCAUGCGUGGGCCAAUGGUCGCACGACUUGCUUUCAGUGUGGGACACACGCGGAGGCGGAAGCGGAAGCGCAGUAAACGUGGAAGCGUAACGAGGACUGCCACGUCAGCCGUGGAGAAUGCGUCUAGCAGUCUAAAGGCAGCUGUGCGUGCGGUUCCCAAAGGCUCCUUGUUGCGCGGUAAGAGAACUCGUACGGCUGCCUCCAAAGACCCGUCCCCGCUCGGGAAGGAGCGUCCCAAAGUCGAUGUUCGUAGUGUCCAACGAGACACUAGCAACGCGGUUCCGGUGCAGAAGGCGGCUUGGGCUGAGGGUCCUCCAGCGACUUUGGCAGUUGCCUCGUGUGGGGUACAAACAAAAGUGACGACAGCUGAAAGUGCAAUGAAGCCGCAGCAGCCCAAGGAUGUUCGAAGGCCAGCAACGAAAGUUCGUCGUCCUGCUUCAAAAAGUGGGAACAACUCGAAUGGAACUCCCUCUUCUGCGACCUCUUUUGCUGACACUCUUUUAAGACUAGGUCUGUAG